GUGCUGACGGAUCCAGGAAGGAAGUGUCACCCGUUCAAGACAGUUGUUGCAGUUGUUGCAAUAACAUGAAGAGAACUUCCUUAUAAUUCAGUGCAUGCGUUCCCUCGUUCAGAUUCGGUUUUGUUGCAUCUUAUAAACGGAAAUUUGCAGGAAAACCUGAGAGUCAAAGAUGGGAUACAUGACCGUCGAGGAGCACAGCUCCACUCUGCUCCACCUGAAGAGAUCCCCCGGCAUUCGUUCAUGGUCUCUUCUUGUUGGUAUAACAUCUGUUGGGUUGGCGGCUGCGUACUACAGCUCAGACAGCAUCCUGUGGAAGCUUUUCUACGUGACCGGCUGUUUGUUUGUGGCCAUGCAGAACAUGGAGGAAUGGGAGGAGGCCAUGUUUGACAAAACCAAGAACCUGAUUGAGCUCAAGACCAUAAGCCUGUACACUUUAGUCCUGACUUUGUGGAGGAAGGGGCAAGAGAAAGUUGUGUUGGAUCUGGCUCAGCUGUGUGAUGUUUGCGUCCAAGAGGAGAGGGUACGUUACCUGGGGAAGGGUUACCUGCUGAUGCUGCGGCUGGCUGCAGGCUUCUCCUACCCCCUCACUCAGAGCGCCACGCUGGGGGGACGCAGUGACGUGGAGGCGGUGGCUGCGCUGCUGAAGCGCUUCUUAGGGCUGGAGGAGCUGCAGCAGCGCAGGCAGCAGCAGGAGGAGGAGGCGGCGGAGUACGGAGAGGAGGAGGAUUCUCUGGACAACAGCAGUGACUCCGACGACGAAGCUGGUGAACUCUGAUCUCUCUGUGACUCGCAACCUUCCUGUAACUCUGGGUGGGUUGAGUUAGGGGCAUUAUAUGGCAUCACUAACACAUUACAGAGGGUGAUGCCUUUACUACAUUUUAUACUGUAUGCAUGUGCAUGUAACACCAAGGAUAUAGUCUGGUAAAGUGUCUCCUUACAGACCUCCUCUCUGGUUUUGAGGUGAGGUGAGAGCAGCCUGGGCAGGCUACAGGAAAACAUUCAUUUUAUUUCCAGUUGAACUUGAACAGAAAAAUCACCUGGUUACAUGUUGUGUCAUGCAAAUACAGUGUAAAUGAAUACGUCUCAGCUUUUUGAUCUAAUUACUAUUUGAGAAAACACUCCAGAUUCACUGUGCCUUCCUACUGAACUCUAAUAAGUGUUUACAUGUGUAAGUCAAUGGAAAGUGCUUUUCCCACAGUUUCCUGGACCACCCAGCUGACAGUCACCUUUUUGCAUGUUUAUUCAUACCCAGGCUGUGAUCCGACUGAAUGCAUGUGCAAACUAUAAUCAAGCAUGAAGGGUUUUCGUGGCUCAGCCAAGAGUGAAUUAUGUGGGAAACACUUUGGCCUGAUGCUGUUCUGUCUUUUUAACAUUUUAUACACUUUUUGUGAACCAAAGGCUGAAUCUCAGGCAAACACCUCUGUGAUGUAGUCAAACUAUUUUUAUUUCUUACAGUGUAUUGAAUUGGGGCUGUGUCAUUCUGGCUGAUGGUGAAUGUGAGUGUGAACUGCUUGAAAGAAAAAGCAGAGGAUUUUUGGUUAACUGUUGAUUUUAUUGACUUUUUUGACUUUUUUGCAAGAAUAAUUAAAACAGUGUUUAAUAGAAA